CCAGCGCACACGCGGCUCCACGUCAACAGCAACACGGGCAAAUGGGAUGGAAAAUAAACACAGCAAAACCCCGCGGCCCCAGGCUUUCCCUAUCCCCGCGUCUCCCCGCGGGCACCUUACCGACGCUAUUGUAUAGGGCAGAUCCACGACGACAAUGGAAGACUGAACCAUUCGACGUGCUUUGUUUCUCCCUCCUAGCGAAUUGUACCAGAAAGUGAUCGUCUGGUGGUCCUUGCCGGUCGGCUUAAUUAUACCGAGCCGCAAUAAAUAUCCCUGACUGGCUGCAGACGGGACCAGAGUUUCCCGGCUGCGGGACGCUGCAGUCUUGGCCACAAAGCCGUGCCAUACGGCGUGGACAUGGAACCAAGACAGUCAUCCACCCAGCCCGUGGACGACGACGGCUUGCCCCAUCCAGACUUCGGGCAGGAGCUCAAUAUCGUCUUCUGGCUGCUCACCGGUUUGGCUGCUGCAUUUCUUGCGCUGAGAAUUUACUGCAAGUUGCACCGCGGCCGCCGGCUGUGGUGGGAUGAUUAUUUCCUCAUUGCCGCAUGGGUGUCCCUCCUGGUCUCGGCUGCGACCACUUCGGUCUGCGUCACUCUUGGCUACGGCAAGAACACGUACGACAUGCCGGCCGAGAGCAUCACGACGAUGCAGUUCGUCGCCGUCUUUGCCGGCUUCUUCUCGGUCCUCGCCGCCGCCUGGAGCAAGACGUCCUUUGCCCUCACCCUCCUCCGGCUCUGCGAGGCUUCAUACUGGCUCAAGACCGCCAUCUGGUUCAUCAUCGUCACGGUCAAUGCCAUCCUCGGCACGGCCAUGCUCUUCAUGUGGAUCAAGUGCCGGCCGUUUGCCAAGAUUUGGGACUCGGGCCUCGAGGGGUGGUGCGUUGACCCGGCAAAGAUUGUGGUUUUGUAUCAGUGGUCGGCUGGCUGGUCUGGCUCUGCCGACGUCGUGCUUGCCCUGUUCCCCUGGACGAUCCUCUUCGGCAUGCGUAAGACGCUGAACAACAAGGAGAGGCUGGGCAUCGGGAUUGCCAUGAGCAUGGGCAUCAUCGCCGGUGCUGCCUCAUUUGUCAAGAUGGCCAUGCUCCCGAAACUCACCGGAGAAGCCGCCGAGACGGUUGCCGUGACCAUCUGGGGUGGUGCAGAGGGCGCCACCACCAUCAUGGCGGCCUCUAUUCCCGUCCUCCGUGCUCUCAUCCGCGGCGACAAGGGCCGAUAUACCGCCAGAUUCGACACAGCAGACGAGAACCAGCUGAACGCUACAAGUCUGGAGGCUCUAACGUCGCCGAGGAAGGCCUACAGAGACACGGAAGUCUAUGUCCACGGAGCUUGACUGAGCUUUCAUGCAUAUUAUUAUGACGUCUAGCGAUUUGCUUUCUGCUUUGCCAUUACGAUACCCCCGGAACGAUGAAUUUGACUAGAACUUUGGAUAUUGAGACACAAAAAUCUCUAGUUGAUUGAAAUCCCCGCCUCCCUUGUUGAAGCUGAAUACGAACCGUAUAGCAAGCAACAACCUCGGGGGAUGGCAGAGUUGGUCAUGCGAGCAGGUUGUCAACUACCUGCUGAUCUUAAGCGGAAUCCCACAUCCCUUGGUCAGCUGAAAACCCUGAAAUCGGAGUAGAAUUCGCACUUUCAGAAUGAGGCAACUAUGGAAUUCAAUGACCAUAGAAUAUUG